UGCGGAUAGCUAGAGACCCGGCGAAUACCAGGUUGUCAUGGAGUCGUGGGGCCCGGCUCGCGCAUGCGCCAGCUAACCCGCCGGGCUAGUCAUGGAGCGGCGACCCUGGCCCUAGAGCAGUUCAUAUGCAAAGAGUACCUGUGAUCCAGCUUCCAGCCCUCGUAGACAUGGAGAGGAAGAUCCCAUCCAGAGAGAGCCCCAGAAGACUCUCCGCCAAGCCAGGCCGAGCCACGGAGAUGAAAAAACUAGCCCGACCACUUGGUGCAGUCGCCGCUGACUCAGACAAGGACUCUGGCUUUUCAGAUGGGAGCUCAGAAUGCUUGAGCUCGGCAGAGCAGAUGGAGUCGGAGGACAUGCUGAGCGCCUUGGGCUGGAGCAGAGAAGACAAGCUGAGGCAGAGCUCCAGAGCUGCAAACAACGCCUUCCCCACGCUGUCCCCCAUGGUCGUCAUGAAGAACGUGCUGGUCAAGCAGGGCGGCAGCUCCUCCCAGCUCCAGUCCUGGACCGUGCAGCCCUCCUUUGAGGUGAUCUCCGCGCAGCCGCAGCUCUUUGUCCUUCAUCCACCUGUGCCUUCUCCUGUCAGCCCCUGCCAUGCUGGGGAGAAGAAGUCAGAAUGCAGAAACUACUUGCCCAUUCUAAAUUCUUACACCAAAAUAGCCCCCCAUCCAGGCAAAAGGGGCCUCAGCUCAGAAGACAGGGGGACAAGUGGGGUACUGAAGAAAGUCUGCACGGAGAGCCUGGGGCCAAGCGUGUCUUCCAGUGAGCCAGCCAAGACUGGCCGAGUGCUCCCCAGUCCUUCCACUCCAGCCCCGCCCAAACUCACUGAGGACUCGGCUCUGCGAGGAGUCCCCUCCCUCGGGGCUGGCGGAAGUCCACAGACUCUUCAGCCCGUGUCCAGCAGCCAUGUGGCUAAAGCUCCCAGUCUGACCUUCGCCUCGCCUGCCAGUCCUGUGUGUGCGUCAGACAGCACUCUGCAUGGCUUAGAGAGCAGCUCCCCUCUCUCCCCACUGUCAGCCAGUUACAGCUCACCUCUGUGGGCUGCAGAGCACCUCUGCCGCAGCCCAGACAUCUUCUCCGAGCACAGGCAGAACAGGCAUAGGCGCUUUCAGAAUACCUUGGUGGUCCUCCACAAGUCUGGCUUGCUGGAGAUCACUCUGAAAACCAAGGAGUUGAUUCGUCAGAACCAAGCAACUCAGGUGGAGCUGGACCAGCUGAAGGAGCAAACCCAGAUGUUUAUAGAGGCCACCAAAAGCAGGGCUCCUCAGGCAUGGGCCAAGUUGCAGGCAUCACUAACAUCUGGGUCCAGUCAUUCAGGCAGUGACCUAGAUGCAUUGUCUGAUCACCCAGACAUAUAGCACAGAAGCACUGUCCAGUUACUGAGUUAACCCCUUUGCUACCACAACUACACUUGUUUUCCACAGCCUAUUUAAGAGCUUGUCUUUCUAAACUCACCCACAAAGCCACGUGCCAGUCCCGGCUGCUGUCUUAGUCUGUGGUCCAUGCACAGGUUAAGUGUGUGUAAGUUCCUCUGAGGACCUCCAGCUGGCAGCAGCCGUGAGUCCCUGAACCUACAGGCACUUAGCUGGAUCUUGGGACAAAGGAGAGAUAGAUGGCUGUGUCUGUCUCUUUCAGCUGUUACUCCUCCUCCUCCUCCUCAUUGUCCAGGACCAGGGUACAGUGACAUGGAUGAGCGUAUACAGUGACAAUUGUCCAAUCAAGGAGUAGGUGACCUAAGGAUCCUUUCACUGUCCUCCCUCUAGCAUGUUAGUCCCAGAGAAAAAGAAGAGGAUAUGUUUUUGUUCUACCAGGCGUGUGCCUGCUGAGCGAAACCUCCAGUGCUUUGGGCAGGUGCCUGGGUGCGAGCAUUUUCCACAAGGCUUUGUUCUUAUACUUGUAAGUGAAAGGGAGAAAGGGCAAAGCCGUCUGACUCACACUCAUCACACCAGAUCUAACUUUACAAGUAGGCAAUACUUAACUUCAGAUUUUUUAAAAUAUAGAAUGGAAUUAAUACUGUCUGGAAUUGUAUUUGAUGAAUUGCUUUUUUGAUUUAAGGGUCAAAGAAGCCAGCAUUUUUGGUCACUAGCUGGAAAGUUUUGUUAAUUUAUACUUGAAAUAGCACAACCUGUUCAAAAGGCUUGAGAUGGGGCUGCAGAGGCUCAGCGAGGAAAGGAGCUUGCUGCCAGCGACCUGAGUUUGAUCCCCUGAACCCACACGAUAAGAGGAUAACCUACUACUGCAAACACAUACACACACACACACACACACGAUAAAUAAAUAUAAAAUUAAAAAACACAAGCUAUCAUCAACAUCAAAGUAAACCAAUCAUAAGCUUGAGGUGGCUUGUGUUGGGUCCUCAGGGUCUAGUGUAAGCCCGCCCUCUGCUGUCUCUUGUCUGUGCCUCACCCAGCUGUUUCUGUGAGGGAAAAAUGAUUGUGUUUAUAAAUUUAUAAACAAGUUAAAUUUAUAAACAAGGCCACAACAAUCAGAAAGGAUCCUUCCCUGUUUUUGCAUCUGGUUCUCCCUUGCCCUGUGAUGGCGGGGCCUCCGUGGAGCAGUCUUGCAUCUUGGGUCAGAUGUAGGCAGCAGGGCUGAAGCGUCCUGCCCCUCUCUGAGGCUGGUCUGUAGGGCAGGGAGCCUGAGGAGUUUCCAUGUCUUCAGUUUCCCUGUGCUGGUAACUAAGUGUCUAAAUGGUAAAGAGCCAAAGGCUUGUAUCCUCUCUGUUAACAUUUUCAUCCUGCUGGAAAUCUGUGUUCUUUACAAACUUAACUUAGAUUUUGUGACCAGUAUCUUUUUCUGCAGAGAGUAUGCUCUUGGGGCUUUACUAGGUCCAGAGUUAAGGAUCACAUGUACUACAGAGUUGGUUGUAAUUCUAACAUAGUUUAAAAAGUAUAAGACUCAGGUUGGCUCUACUGUACUCAUCAAGAUAUAUGAUUUAGAUUUGACUGAUUUAAAGAUAAUCAACUUGGUAAAAUAUUCUUUGGUCAGCAUAGAAUUAUUACCUGCUGUUUGCUUUCCGAAAGUUUCCAAAAUCAGAGUCAGUUUUUCUGGGCCGACUCGGCUUCCCCUGAAUCUGUAUGGCAUUGUGGCCGUUCUGCACUCCACUAGGAGGCAUCCUUUCUGGCAGAAGGUUUGGCAGGAAAGCCUUAGAGACAGGUACAUUCAGAGCAGCCUGGGCACCGGCUGUGAGUCUUACCGUGUGUCAGAAGGCUGGGAGCACUUGCUGGGAGCCACAUGUAUUCCACUGGAAAAGCCCUCUGUGGUGCUGUAAGCCUUUUGGACUCUUCCUCCUAGACUCUGGUUUUCAUUUCCCUUCCUGUCCCCAUAAAAGAUGAUGAAAGCCACCAUGGAUCCUCACUGCUGGGUGGGGGGAGGGUUAGCCCUCCAGUCACUGCUCCUCUGUGAUCUUAGAGGUGCAGCUGCAAGUCUCUAGGCUGUUAGCAUAGUGCUCUGUUCCUGGUGCAGCUGGAGGCAGACAGACUUCAGUGGAGAAGCUAGGUCUUAGAGGAGCUCUCCUGUGAGGCCAGAGGCCAGCCCAGCACUUGGAGGAAGUCCUGAGUGGACCUGAAGAACCUUCAUUGGUUGCCUCAGGCUGUAAGUAGCAGUGGCCUCAGUGCAUGCUGUGAGCUCUUAGGAAGCAUUAUGUAGGGCCGUUUUCCCAAGGUGAGAAGUCAAUUUUAACUCAGAGCAACCCAUAGGAGAGCCUCUGUCAGGUUGUAUUGGCCGUAUUGAAACACAUUUUGAAAGGUUCCUGACUGAAAUUGGCUAUAGAAUUUAACGUCGUUUGUAAUUUACUACACUGUUUUUAUUGAUUAUUCUGACUUUUUUUCCCUAGUAUGAUUCCUUCAGCAGACAAGUUACUCUCACACAUAUACUGAGUGGCUUUCCAGCCACAUCCUCCUUAGGGUAGAGACUAUUUACCAAAUGUGAAUUCUUCUAAGAAAGUGUGAAGUUGUGUAGAAAUUGACUGUGAAAUGUCAAAGAAAAAAAAUAAAAGUCACUUACUUGAAAGCUA